GCCGAGCGCGGAAGUAGACGUCGGGCUGCUAUCUUUCACCAAUGCUACAUUGGAGUUUUGAAUGAGUGCUUAUUACUGAUAUAUCACUCAGUUCCAACCCUGCUUGUAUCAAGAUUCGUCCCAUUGAAAUGGAAAAUGCACGUAGAAGCACGUUUUUAAUAACUGGAGGAUGUGGCUAUUUUGGUUAUCGCCUGGCGUGCUCUCUGUAUAAAAAGGGAGCCAAAAUCAUCCUGUUUGACACCAUAUCUCCGAGACAAGAAGUGCCAGAGGACAUACAGUUUGUCCAAGGUGAUGUGCGUGAAUACGCACAAGUGGACAAGGCUGUCACCGGUGUGGACUGUGUAUUCCACCUCGCCUCCUAUGGAAUGUCUGGUCGGGAGCAGCUGAACCGGCAUCUGAUUGAGGCGGUCAAUGUUCAGGGCACACAGAACAUCCUGAAGGCUUGUGUCGAGCACGGAGUGUCCAGGCUGGUUUACACCAGCACCUUCAACGUGGUGUUCGGAGGCCAAGUGAUAGAAAACGGGGAUGAAAGCCUCCCUUAUUUACCUCUGCAUCUUCACCCCGACCACUACUCCAGAACAAAGUCCCUGGCAGAGAUGGCGGUGCUGAAGGCUAACGGAACCGCACUGAAGGAUCGCUCUGGGGUUCUGAGAACCUGUGCUCUGCGUCCAGCAGGUAUCUACGGGCCUGGAGAGCAGAGGCACCUGCCCAGGAUAGUUGGCUACAUAGAGAAGGGGAUCUUUAGAUUUGUCUAUGGCAAACCCAGCAGCCUGGUGGAGUUCGUCCAUGUGGACAACCUGGUGUCAGCCCACGAGCUAGCUGCAGCAGCCCUGACUCCAGAGAAGCAGCACCGCUCUGCAGGCCAGGCCUAUUUCAUCUCGGAUGGCAGGCCUGUCAACAAUUUUGAAUUCUUCAAACCUCUGGUUGAGGGACUGGGCUAUCCUUUCCCCAGACUGCGUCUACCUAUCUCUCUUAUUUACUUCUUUGCCUUUCUCACGGAAAUGAUCCACCACCUCGUCGGCCCCAUCUAUAAUUUCCAGCCCUUGCUGACACGCACAGAGGUGUAUAAAACUGGCGUGACACAUUACUUCAGCAUGGCCAAAGCUAAGGCAGAGCUCGGUUAUGAGCCCCAGGAGCACAACCUGGACGAGGUCGUGGAAUGGUUCCGAAGCAGAGGCCACGGGAAGAAAUAUCACAGCUCCCUCAUCAGUCGAUUUCUUCUUGACAUCCUGUUUGUUUCUGCCUUUGUUGCUGUGGUGCUCUCUUUUCUUCCAGUUGUUGGCAGCUGAUGAGCAGCCAAAGCAAUCAUUCUGACCAAAACAUCAUACACACUGUAAUUAGACUAAUUUGUAAAUAAUUUGUUUACAAGUUUUAACCUGUCAUGACCCACCUACACGUUUAAUGAUGCAGAUGUUUUCAACGUUUACAUGAAACUUUUUGUCAUUAUUAGGCCAUGAAAGCCUAAUUUCUCAGUUUGACAUUCUGUUGUUGUUUGCACUUUAAAUCACUUUGUAAGUGCUACCUCGUUUUCCUACAAUACUGACUUUUGAAAGAAAAGUGCAAAGAUACAUAAUGACUUGUUACAUGCCAGAGUUUCAUGCUGUUUUUCUGAAACUGUAUUUCAAGGAAAGAAUAAAGCCUCAAGUCAAAUCUGCUUUGUGGGUAUUGAUUUCUGAAAUCAAUACAUUCUGGAUGAAUAAAAUCUUGCAGGCAAUAAA